UCAUUUUCAAGAAAUUUAACAGAAUUUUGUAGUGUAUGGAAAAAAUACAAGAAUAAAAUAUCAGGUGUAUCGACUAGACGUGAAAAGGUUUACUAUUCUAACAAAAAAUAAUUAAUUACUUUAUAACCUCAAAAUCAUGAACAGCACAACAAUUUCCUUUCAACAGUCGACAAAUUUUCAAUUUCUUUCUGUUUGUCACUACAUUAUAAAUUUUGGUAUAUUUUUCUAUAAUAAGAAAUUAAUUACCGAGGAUAAACGAAAUCAUUCGGCUUGUGUAUUAAAUACACUGUUUGAAUAUAUCGAUACUUUUGAAGAUCAGAAUGACAGUAAACUUAAACUUCUCCAAAGAGUGCUAAAAGGAACUGAUCUCUAUGGUGGUGGUAAAAAUGAAACACUUGACAUGAAAUACGUAGACGACACAUAUCACUACAUCAUUAGCACUGCUCUAUUUUCUCAAUAUGGAAACAUUGACGGUUAUUUGGCUGAAAUAAUAAGUCAAACAGACAACAUAACCUAUUCGGCACUUAAGGAAAUGGUGUUUCAAAAACUUUCGAAAUAUUACAUAAGUCGUGAUUUUUGUUCGUCAAGAUACGAAAGUUAUGAACUCACGAAUUUGACAAUUAAUAAAGUUUUCAAUGAAUACGUUUGGUCAAUGUUUCCGGAACCGGAACAAAACAUUGAAAUAAUGGAUGUUGAUUAUAUUUACGCAAUGACUGGUUUAAAAAUUGCUCGUUCUAUUCAACUUGAUAUUUCGAAUAUAACCUUUGAAAGUUACAUUCUUUUAUCCCAAGGAAUUGAAUUACAAAAAUUUGACAAUGACACAUAUGAAUUACUAUUGGAAUUAUUUGCAACACCGGCUUUAUUUUAUUAUGCCUUUAAAGAAAAGGAAAAAUUUCGCAGUGAAAGGACAAUAAAUUUAAUAAAAAGCGAUAAAUUUUGGACAGAGGCGUAUGAUAAAUUUUUCCAUCACAUUAAAUUUUCGUUGAAUAAAAGUUUAAUGAACGUAAUUAAAAAAAGCCUUUAUAAUAAACUUGAAAGAGAAUUGAAACAAUUAAAAAGUCGAACAUUUUUGUCCUGUGAAAUUCUAAAAGAAUUAUGUAAUUAUUCAAAUGGAAAAGAAAAUUUAUCAUUUUAUUCUUAUUUGUAUAAAACUGCUGAAUGGUUGUUGAAAAUUGUUCUUCCUGAAAGAUGUAAGAAAAUCGAACUUCCAGAUUUAGAUAAUAUUUUCAAUGAUCAAUUUAUUCAUGUUCAGGAGACAUACAAUGAAAUUGAGAAAAAGGCGCUUGAAAAAAUUCUAACAGACGGGAAGAUAAUCGACGAUAUGAAUUUAAAUACAACUGUAUACUUUGCUAUGGUUGAUCACAUGCCUAUGCGUUGUUCGUUAUGUCCACGAUGGCCAAACAAAGUAAACAGUGACAUUUUUCUCUUAUUCGCAAUAAUUGGAAAUAAGAGAAAUGAUUAUUAUGCCCUUAGACAGGAAAAUAAUUCUUUGAGUUUACUUACAUACUACGGUAACGAAAUAGACUUUGGUUUAACAGUUGGCAAUGAUUCAUCAAUAAGAUUAGAUACUCGAUUAUUUGUCAAACCUAUAAAAAAGCAUGAUGAAGAUCACAAAGUGUUUAUUCAAAAGAUAGCGGAUAUUAAGACCAAACAGUUUGUACAGGGCCUAAAGGAAUAUUACAGAGAUCCAACAGACGCAGAGUUAGUGAUAGAUUUUUUGAAAUCAUUGGUACCAUUUUAUACCUGUAUUCAAAAUGUACAAUCCGGAAACCAAGGAUUAUCUGCAUUCAGUUGUUCCCUUGAUGUCCUGAGUCUUAUUCCAAUAGCUGGAGUUGCAGCAAAAUAUUCGUCUAUUAUGUGGAGAAGUUUAAUUAAUGAAAUCGCACAGGAAUCCUUAUUGACUCUCUCAAAACCACUUCUUAACAGAUUAACUUUAACUGAUGCAUUAUUUCACAUUUUUAAAUCAACCUCUCACACUGUUUCACAACAAAUUCUCACUAUGGGUCUCCUUCAUGAUUCCUCUAUCGCCAUUCUACGAACAUUGGAUCCUGGCUUUGAACUAUCAUACCAUUUAUUUAGAUUCUCCCAUCAAAUGCUUCGAAAAAUGAUUCAGACCAUGUCGACAAAAUUAAAAAACAUUCCAAUGAUUCAAAAUCUUUUAAACAACAUUAAAUCAACAUUGAAAAUAAUUAAUCGGAAUGGAAAUUUAGUACCCGAUCAUACAGGACUGGUACCAAAUGUCAUAAGGGAGGAAAGUAAUUAUAAACUCGUCAGAUAUUUCUAUCCUGGAGGUUUAAACUAUUUUGGACCAACUUGUAUAUCGUCGUUUGGAAAAACUGCCGAAUUGAGAACUGUUAAAGAUGAAAUAUUUCAAGUUCCCGUUGUGCCAUUCAAAGCCACCGGUAAUUCAAUAUUAUAUCAAGAGUACAAUCCAAAGCUGGGUAAAAUUUCUGAUGAAAAACUUAAAAUGGGAGGUGACAAUAUACUCCGACGGAUCGGUUUUUUUAUCGAUCAAAUAGCAAGUGAAGGUGGAGAUCUAAGGGUACUUCAAAAUUAUCACAUGAAUUUUAAUACAGUGCAUUGGCGAAAGAAAUUGUUGCGCACUGUAGAAAAUGACGCUAAUUCACCGAAUAAGGUAGAUGCUUUGUUUGAAGGUGCCAAGGGUAACGGUGACGAAGUUCCAAGCGGAAGUUCCAGAUUUGAAACUGAUCAGGUAAUGCAACCAAGUUCGUCGCAAUCAAUCACACCCACUGGGUCAGUUCAUUCUAAUCCCAAAUUGGAUAUUACCCCAGAACAUCUACCAGAAUUAGUAAAUCCUAAUAUUGAAAAAUCAAUUCUCAAUCUUGCGGAUAAAUAUAAGAGUACUGCACCUGAUAAAGGUAAACGAUUAGCUACAGAUAGGAAACCUGAUUUAAAUGUUCUGGAGAAAAAACCAAAGUUAGAAGUGAGCGACACAAAUUUAGAUAUUAGGCCCGGAACCUCAAAGGAUAUCACAGCGAAUAUGGAUUCCGAAUGGUUUGUAGCGAUUGCAAGAGGUGUAAUUAGAAGAUUCCAUAGCGAGUAUCUAGCAGCUCUUUCGAACUUUAAGGAAAAGGGAUUGUCCACUAUUAAGAAAGAUAGAGAAUCUAUAAAAUUCUUACGUCUAUUAUUAGCAAAUUUAGCGUUCCUGGAAAUGAACACAAUUAAUUCAGGUGUUUUGAAACCAUCCAGUCUUUGGUACACUCAAAUUAUAAAUCGUCCAAAAGUAAUUCAGUACUUAAAGAACCUAAAAGGUGGUACGUUCUUUUUCAAUGACAUUACACUCCUAACGGAUAUACCUCCCGCAGCAUCUGUCGGCGAAACAUCUGCCUUACUUUCUUCAAAUGUAGAAGUUCGUUAUCAUCUAACAAUCAAUUCUGAAUACGGUUUUGUGGAUCUAUCUAAAUUUCAUCAACAAUUUACCGGCGAUUAUGUAGUAUUCAACGAUGUACAAUUUAAAGUAACGGAUACAUUUUUCAAUGACAAAAACAAUAUUCUAGUAAUAAAAUUAAAGAGCCAGGAACUCCCCAAAGAAAAUUGGUUCGCCAACAGAAAUCUUGAAGUACAGUCUCUAAUUAAAAGGGAAAAGAUCUUAUCAACCAGAAUGGAGAGCAUUCACAAUGCAGCAAAUUUUAUGGUUGAUAAUGUUCCUUGUUGCACCUACAAAAUAGCUACGGAAAUGUUAAUGAAGUACAUCCUGAAACUAAAACCAAGUCAAAGUGUUGUUCCAACCUAUGAAAAAUUUGCCACCGAUUACUACAAUAAUAUGAAAAUACUCCCAUCCUACAAGUCAUGGACAUUUCCAGAUUGGAAAUACAUAAACGAUCUGUUAUUUGAAGACCAAUUGGAUGAUAUUCAAAAUGUAGUUGAAGCAUCAUAUAGAAUUGAAAUAGUUUACGAUCUUCUUUAUAAGCAAAAUAUUGAAGAUGUUUAUGCUAAAUAUAGUCAGAAAUUAAUGACACUAAAACGACUUAUUCGUUUUGAGGAUUUUUACGUUCUAUAUUCGAAAUCAAUAAAAAAUUUUGAAAUGAAUUAUGACAAUCUUAAUCGUUAUGCAGUUUCAAUUUAUAGUACAAUUCUUCGUCAAGCUCAUGAGGAAUGGAUUAAGACACCAAUUACAAUUUAUUCUGGUAAAAUUGUACCGGAGACGGCAUUUAAAAAGUUUUCAUUAUACAAGAAAUUGGAUCAUAUUAAAUUCAUAAAUUUUAAACAACAUUCGACUAUUCGUGAUGAGGAAUUUGAAAAUAUUAUCUUUGGUUCUAGUACCUCGUCACAGAAAGGUUUAUUUUUUGAAAUCGAAAUAAAAAACCAAGCGGGUUUAUUGGACUUGAGUUAUCUUUCUGAUAAUCUAGAAAAUAUUCAUAUUGUUACUCCUGAAAUGGUAUUUAUUGUUGAUGAGGUAGAAAGUAGAAUAAUUAGCGGACAGGAGAUAUUAUUUGUUAAAAUGCAUGAUUUUGAAGUACCAACUGAAAAGAGAAUGAUUGAUGUUGCUGAAAGGCUUGAUGAAUUGUAUUCAACUGGAACUGAUUUUUACUAUCCGGAGUAGAGAUCAUUUAUAAAUUUAUAUUCUUUUAUUAUAAUUUUAUUAUUACGGUUGUGUAUUGUAAUCAAUUGUAUGGGAAUCUUUUUUUCUUAUUAGACAAAAUAGAAAAGAAUCAAUAAAACUGAAUCUAA